GGCCAGCAUCGCCUGGGGCUGUUCGGUUCGCCCCGCUCCCGCCGCCACCACCUCGGCGCCUUCCCCUGGCCCGCGCCCCCCCAAUGUCUGACUCUGACUCUCGGACUGAGAAACGCAAGAAAAAAAGACCAAAUGGCAAAACAACCUUCCGAUGUAAAUUCUGAAUGUGGCAGAGAAGGUGGACAAUUACAGCCUACGGAGAGGCCUCCUCAGCUCAGGCCUGGGGCCCCCACUGCUGUAGAGAUAGAACCACAAGGUAAUCCUGAAGGCGAAGGGGACCGCUGCCCCCACGGCAGCCCUCAGGGCCCGCUGGCCCCACCGGCCAGUCCUGGGCCUUUUGCUACCAGAUCCCCGCUUUUCAUCUUUGUGAGAAGAUCCUCCCUGCUGUCUCGAUCCUCCAGUGGGUAUUUCUCUUUUGACACAGACAGGAGCCCGGCACCCAUGAGUUGUGACAAAUCAACACAAACCCCGAGUCCUCCUUGCCAGGCCUUCAACCAUUAUCUCAAUGCAAUGGCAUCCAUGCAGCAGUCCCCGGCCCUACCUGCGGACCUACCUGCGGACCUGCGCCCAGAAAUAUGGAUCGCCCAGGAGCUGCGGCGCAUCGGGGACGAAUUCAAUGCCUAUUACCCACGGAGGGUCUAUUUGAAUAACUACGAAGAAGAAGAAGCCCACCCCCAAAUGGUUGUCUUACGACUGUUCCAUUACAUCCUCCGUCUGGUGAGGAGGAUGCAGUGACGACGGGUUCCCCUCGGAGCCGAGAUGUCUGCAGACGUUUCACUUGUUGGAGGCCACGAGCCCAGCACUGCGGCCUCCGGUGCUGUGCCAU